UUCUCGAUAGAAUUCUCGAGAACUCUGCGUUAGAAUAUUUUUGCCAGCAAACGAUGCUCUGCAUUUGGCCAUAUUCCUGGCAAUGUUCUCAAAGAAUCAAGCGUGAGUUAUCGUAACUUUUGAGCGAUUAUCAAUAUUUCACAUUACUCCUUGCAAUCGUGAAAGAUUAAAACUCUGUCAAAGGCGUAUUUACAGUACGUGUGCUUGGAUUUAUCAGCUUGGAGGUUUUAGGAAAAAGUGACAGAAACGCUAUCCAACUCCAACACACAACAGGUGCAAGUCUACGCAAUCAGUGACUCUCCGUGUUUGUGUGUGUGUGUCAGACCUCCACCACUACAAUACAAACUUCCAACGAAAGGAAAACACAUCACCAGCAUGCUUUGUUUUUGCGAUAACGUGGGCCAUAUCAGUUGGCAGUUUUUUAUUUAUCAGCAGCAAAAGCGCAUCGGACUGAUUCAUUGCCUAGCGCGAUUUCUGCUACAGCUGACGAACUAGUCUAGUGUCUCGUGUCUUACCCGUUGCAGGUGAUAGUUACUUGCGAAUUCCCAGUUCCCCCUAAGCCAAACUGUCCGAGAUGCGUUCCUGGAGCUUUGUGUUGCUGUUGUUGGCCGCGGUGCUUCUGCUGGGCGGCGAAAGUGUCCACGGCCGACGCUCUGCCGAUGGAGUUUGUGCCUGUCCACGGAUGUACGACCCGGUUUGCGGAACGGAUCUCAACACGUACGCCAACCGUUGCCUGCUGGACUGCAAAGCCGAAGAGUUGGCGGCACGAUCGAUCGAGCUGCGCGUUCUGCGCCAUGGUGGCUGUGAGGAGCCACUCGAAAUAGCCGUCGAGGAACAGCCGGACGAGUGAUGCGCAUCAAGUUAGCCGUAAUUUGAAUGUUCGACUGUUAUCGGGGUGUGAUAAAAUCAAGCUUUUAUCAUUCAAUAAAGGUUCUAAUCAUACAUUGAUUUCCAUUUCAA